AUGAUAAAAACAACAAAUCUUACCAAAACUGUUUAUAAUUCUCAUCCAACUCAUUCCGAACCAAUUAAUUUAUUUACACCAUCAACAACGUCAUCAUCAGGAUCAACAUGUGAAACAGAUCCACCAUCAAUAAGUUCAUCUUAUAAAAGUAAUAUCGGUAUUAAUGAUGAUAUAAAUCAUAUUCAACAUGAUGAAUCAAGUUUAUCAUUGAUAUCUCUUGUUGAUAAACUUAAACGUGAUUUAGCAACAGUUAAACAAGCUAAAAAUCAGUUAGCAACACUCUAUAAAGUAAAAUGUAAAUCUGAUCUUGAUAAAUCAGCUAAAAUUACAAAACUUCGUUUACAAUUUGAAUAUGAAUUAAAUACAUUUUGUAAACAAGAUCAAAAAGAUGUCGUAUGUUAUUUACAACGACAAUUGCUUAUGCGUGAUCAACGUAUUACUGAACUAUCUUAUGAUAUUGAACAAUUAAAAAAUACUGCAUUAAAUAAUGUAAAUGAUAAUGAAAAAAUAAAUAUAAAGACUCAACCAAUACAAAUUUUACGAAGCAAUGAUCCUGAUCUUGUUACUUCAACAGUAAGUUGA